AUGGCGGAGGGGUUGCUGGAAGUUGCUGGGGAUCUCCAUAACCCCCCGGAGGAGUUGGGUAAACUUGUUCUCACACUGUUCGUCGUCGUCGCCGCCGCCGCCGCCGUGAUCUGCGUCUUAUGGUGGGGAAAGAAGAAGGGGAGAGGGCUCCCACCGGGGCCCAUGGGGUUGCCGCUGCUGGGGAGCCUGCCUUUCUUGCGCCCUGACCUGCACUGCCAAUUCGUGGAGCUCGCGGCGCAGUACGGUCCCGUCAUGAGCCUCCGCCUCGGCACCAAGCUCUGCGUGGUUGUGAGCUCCCCCGCCGGCGCAAAGGAGAUGCUCAGGGACCGCGACGCCGUUUUCGCCUUCCGGGACGUGCCCGUGUCGGCGGCGGUGAUCACCAACGGGGCCCAGGAGAUCGGCUGGAACAAUGAUCCCGAGAGCUGGCGCUUCCUCCGCAAAGUGACGGUGAGGGAGCUGCUUAGCUCGAGCAGCUUCGACGGGUUCUACGCGCUGCGCAAACGAGAGGUGCGGCGGGCGGUGCGGGAGCUCUACGAGCGGUGCGGCACGGUGGUGACGGUCGGGGAGGCGUUGUUCCAGACGCUCCUGGACCUGAUGUUGAGCAUGCUCUGGGGGAGCACGUUGGAGGGCGAGGAGAGGACCAGGGUGGGGAGGGAGUUCAGGGAGGUGGUCCACAAGAUAACAGAGAACCUGGGCGUCCCCAAUGUGUCGGACUUCAUACCCGCGUUGGCACCGCUGGAUCUGCAGAGGGUGGCGCGGCGAAUGAAGAAGCUGGCCAUCUGGUGCGAUAGCAUUCUGGACAGGAUCAUCGACAAACGUGUGAACCUCGGAAAAGGAGAAGGAGCUGGGAAAACCAAGGAUUUUCUCCAGGUGCUGUUGGACGUCGUCGACAAGAAGGAGAGCGAGCUUCCCUUGACCAUCGAGCACGUCAAGGGCGUGUUCCUGGUACUCUCUCUCUCUCUCUCUCUCUCUCUCUAUCCAUCUCUCUCUCUGUCUGUGCCGGCAAACGUGAAACUGCACAGGACAUCAUCGUGGCGGCGACGGACACGACGACGGGGACGAUGGAGUGGGCGAUGGCGGAGAUGAUGGAGAAACCAGAAGUGAUGAGGAAGGUCCAAGAGGAGCUCGACGCCGUCGUAGGAAAGGACGCCGCCGUAGAGGAAUCUCAUCUUCCGAGGCUUCCCUAUCUGGACGCCGUCGUGAAGGAGACGCUCCGCCUGCACCCAGCACUCCCUCUCAUGGUCCCUCACUCACCCAGUGAGCCAUCUGAGUUGGGUGGCUUCCAUAUCCCCGUCGGAUCGAGGGUUCUGAUCAAUGCCUGGGCCAUCCACCGGGACCCGUCAAUCUGGGAAGACCCCUCAGAGUUCAAGCCGGAGAGGUUCCUGACAGGCGACGCGAGGUGGGACUAUAACGGCAGCAGCAACGGCUUCCGCUACAUUCCUUUCGGAUCGGGAAGAAGAUCCUGCGUGGGGAUUCUCAUGGCGGAGAGGAUGAGCAUGUUCCUGCUGGCGACAUUGCUGCACUCCUACGACUGGAAACUUCCAGCCGGGGAUCAGAUUGACUUAACGGAGAGUAUCGGCAUAGUCCUCAAGAUGGCCAAGCCGUUAACCGCGAUUCCUUCGCCUAGAUUGUCUAACCUCGACCUCUACUCGUGA